CGAGAUUUUUAGUACUGCCGUUGGAAACCUACUGGAUGAUAUGGAGGCUUCGUUAAUACUCUGAUGUCCUCGCGGCACAAUCGUCAGUCUGCAAUAGCUCAUAGUGGGGACACACGUCAAUUACUAAUAAUUCCAUUUCAAUUUUUGUUGUGAAGAUUGAGAACAAUUCCAUGAAUUUCUGACUACAACUGAAUAAUGAUGAUGUCGACGAUUGUUAUCGCCCUCCUGGCACUCGCUGGCACCUCCAGAGGGUUUACUGGACGCGGUGUGAUGUAUCCUGGAAGAAAUGAUCUCUUCGAACUUCCUAUCAUUCAUAUCAACGACUUUCACGCGAGAUAUGAGGAGGUGGGACCCUGGGCCGGUACCUGCCACCGUGACGAAGGUGAGGAGUGCAUCGGUGGCCUCCCUCGGGUUUUAACAGGAAUUAAACAAUUAUUCGAGGAGAGAGGGCCCAAUUCUAUUUUUCUCAACGCUGGGGAUCAUUACCAGGGGACACUUUGGUACAAUGUCCACAAGUGGAAUGCAACUGCCGAGUUUCUGAACAUGUUGCCUCACGAUGUGAUGACAAUUGGAAAUCACGAGUUUGACGAUGGAAUUGAUGGACUUGUGCCCUUUCUGAAAAAUGUUGUGUCACCAGUUGUCGUCACCAACAUUGAUUACACUCACGAGCCGAGAAUGCAGGGCUUGAUGACAAAUAGUACAAUAAUAACCAGGGCUGGAAGGAAAAUCGGGGUGAUUGGAGUUAUUUUCAAGGGAACACCAUCUAUAGCUAACACUGAGAAGCUGAUAUUUCUGGACGAAGUGGAGACCGUCAAUUUGGAGGCGGAAAAGCUAAAACGAGAGGAUGAUGUCGACAUAAUAAUUGUCCUAAGUCACUCUGGCAUUGAUGUGGACAGGAUAAUGGCUGCCAAUUGUCCUUUAAUCGAUGUUAUUAUUGGUGGUCAUUCUCACACAUUUUUGUACUCAGGUGAUAAACCACCAUUUGUCGAUACUCCCGAGGAUGUUUACCCAGUGGUAGUAACUCAGGAGAACCCAUUUCGAACGGUUCUUAUAGUUCAAGCGGCGGCAUUUACCAAAUACUUAGGAAACCUGACCGUCUGGUUCAACGAAGCCGGCGAAGUUGAAGACUGGGACGGGAACCCAAUUCUCCUAGACGUUGGGAUCCCAGAGGACCCGGAGAUGCUGAGGGCCCUGGCCCCCUGGAAGACCGCUGUAGAUGAACUGAGUAACAAAGUCAUCGGUGAAUCCAGGGUGGAGCUUCGUCACGGCUGCAGAGACGGCGAAUGCAACAUCGGAAAUCUGAUCACUGACGCCAUGGUGGACGGCUUCGUCGAGAAGGCGGAGAACAAGAGCUACUGGACAUACGCCGCUAUCGCGGUGAUGAACGGGGGUGGAGUGAGGGCUGGGAUAGCCUCAACUAGUGGGGUCAUCACUUAUGGAGAUGUCGUGGUGGCACAGCCCUUCGAGAAUAUGUGGGAUGUUGCAGAAAUGCUGGGGAGGGAUAUUCGAGAGACUCUAGAAGUCAGCGUUGCGAUCGGCUACAACAGGACGAAAUUCCCGAAUCGUGCGUAUGUCUUCUGGUCGGGACUCAGGGUGACGUACAACCUUACCGCUGAGCUCUACUCCAGGGUGAUGGACGUCAAAGUCAGAUGCAGAAAGUGCCAAGUGCCGGAGUUCGAGAACCUCAGGGACAACGAGUGGUAUAGAAUCGUCAUCCCCUCGUUUCUAUUAGCAGGGGGCGACAGUCACACCAUCAUCGAGAAGAGACACAGAAAUCGCGUUCAGGGGAUGAGGGAUCUGGAUCAAUUGACUAAAUUCAUCACGAAAAAUAGUCCCUUGUUCUACGGAAAUGAACGAAGGGUCAUUUUCAUUGAGGAGAGUAAUUCUGUGUGAAUUCUUGAAGAGUGAAUGAGGAAAUUCGUGAUAUGAAAAAAAACAUAUCGCCUAUUUUGUUGAAUAUCUUAAGAAUGAGUGAUUCUAGGCGAAAGUACCAUAAGGAAGUUUUUCCACGGAAUUGAAUUAUCAAUAAAAAAUGUUUUAUGGGAUUUUCCUCUAAACCCAUUCAUUUUUUAGAUUUUUUGAUAAUUAGCUAAAAAAGAAUUUUGGCGUCUUCAUGGCAUUGAGAAAAACGUGUCAUUUAUUUCGUUGAAUAUCUCAAAAACGAAUGGUUGAUUUUAUUUAUAUGCAUUGGAACCUUUCGGUUCCUAUGGGCCUAAGCUGUUGAUAAACACGUCUACUUCCUUCGGUGGUUCGAACAAGACUAAAAAAAAACGAAUGGUUCUAGGCGAAAAUGACAUAAAAAAAUUUUUCUAGAUGAUUGAAUUUCGAAUAAAGAAUGUCUUGCGAUAUUUUCCUCUAAACCCACUCACUAUUGAGAUUUUUCGAUGAUUAAUAAGAAGCAAAGAAUUUCGGCAUCUUAAUGACAAAAACGUGUUAUAUAUUUUAUUGAAUAUCUAAAAAACGAGCGAUUCUAGGCAAAAAUAUCAUAAAAAAUUUUUUGUAGAGCAUCGAAUUUUCAACAAAAAAUGUCUUGCAGUAUUUUGCUCUAAACCCACACAUUACUGAGAUUUUUCAAUAAUUACCAAGAAAAUAGAAAGUGUUGAAUUUUUCUGAAA